AUGGAUCGGUCGAUGGCAGCGGCGAGUUCCGGUAUUGAUUUACCGAUCAUGCACGAUAGUGACCGGUAUGAUUUGGUUAAAGAUAUUGGGUCGGGUAAUUUUGGAGUUGCUAGGCUUAUGAGAGAUAAACAGACUAAAGAGCUUGUCGCUGUUAAGUAUAUCGAAAGAGGUGAAAAGAUAGACGAAAAUGUUCAAAGGGAAAUCAUCAAUCACAGGUCUUUAAGACAUCCUAAUAUCGUUAGGUUCAGAGAGCUCAUAUUGACCCCAACCCAUUUGGCAAUUGUGAUGGAAUAUGCUUCUGGAGGGGAACUUUUUGAUCGAAUUUGCAAUGCAGGGAGGUUUAACGAAGAUGAGGCUCGAUUCUUCUUUCAACAACUCAUAUCUGGUGUCAGCUAUUGUCACUCUAUGCAAGUUUGUCACCGUGAUUUGAAGCUAGAAAACACGUUAUUGGAUGGAAGCCCUGCUCCCCGUUUAAAGAUUUGUGAUUUUGGUUACUCAAAGUCGUCGGUGUUGCAUUCACAACCAAAAUCGACCGUUGGUACACCAGCAUAUAUCGCACCCGAAGUGUUGCUUAGGCAAGAAUAUGAUGGAAAGAUAGCGGAUGUUUGGUCAUGCGGGGUGACAUUAUAUGUAAUGCUCGUUGGUGGCUACCCUUUUGAAGAUCCAAACGAACCAAAAGACUUUCGAAAGACAAUACAUAGAAUUCUACAUGUCCAAUAUUCAAUCCCAGAAAAUAUUCAAAUUUCCCCCGAAUGUUGGCACCUCAUUUCAAGAAUAUUUGUUGGAGACCCCACACAGAGAAUAACGAUGGCGGAGAUAAAACAACACAAAUGGUUUCUAAAGAACCUUCCGGAAAAUCUCAUGGAUGAAGACAAAAUGAUGACAAAUCAAUUUGAAGAACCGGAUCAACCGAUGCAAAGUGUUGAUGUGAUUAUGCAGAUAAUAUCAGAAGCAACUAUUCCACCUGUUGGUCUUUAUGAUCUUGAUAUGAUGGAUGAUGAUUUGGAUGACUUUGACUCUGAUCCAGAUGAACUUGAUAUUGACAGCAGUGGUGAGGUGAUAUAUGCAAUUUGAUGAUUAAAUUUAUACUAUAUAUGACAAGACAAGACAAGGUUUGUGUAUGUAGAAUCACUUGUGGGUUGUGUUUAGAUGUUGUCACGGGAGUUUUUUGUAUUUUGGGUCGGGUUUUUUCCGGGCAGUGUGGGCAGAUCCCGGGCAGUUGUCAUGUUGCCCGGGAUUUUGGUGUUUCUGGUUUAGGAAAGACCCGACUUUUUUUAAAUACCAAUUGAAAUCGAC